AUGGGUUUUGUGAAGGCAGUUUUGAUCUCCUUGGUAUUUUUGGAAAGUCUAAUUUUGACUCAUUCAAGGAUAAUCUUCCAGCAUCAACAAGAAGAAGAUCAUGGAGAUAAAGAAGUACAAUAUUCGCAAUAUUACGGUCAAGAAGAAGGGAAUACAGGUGUUGUUUAUAACCAACAGCCUGUACAAAUAUCCGGAAAUCACCACGGAUAUGAUUUACACAAGCAAGAACAUAUUGACUACUAUGCCCAUCCGAAAUACUCUUUCAAAUACGGCGUCAAUGAUUACCACACAGGUGACAUAAAAAGCCAGCACGAAUCUAGAGAUGGUGAUGUCGUCAAAGGCCAAUAUUCUUUAGUAGAGCCAGAUGGAUCUAUAAGAACUGUUCAUUAUACUGCCGAUAAUCACAAUGGUUUCAACGCAGUAGUAGAAAAAUCAGGACUAUCAAAACAUUUUGAAGGUAGAACAUUAGUACAUACACCUCAAUCUCAUAUUCAUGAGAAUCAAGAGGAAGAGCAGCAUGAAGUACCAAAUUAUCAUCAAUAUUUAGAAGGCGAAGAAGCAGAUUUGGGACACCAACAGGAAAAUGAGGGAGCUAAUACUUAUGGAGAAAGUCAUGAAUAA